UAUUUUAUUACACAUUAGAUAUUUAGUAUAUUAUAUUAAGUGGUGGACUUAAAGCCUUAAGGCAUUCUCUACCAGUCAACCACUGGGUCAAAAAGGUGCAGGCUUUUCGUUACGGAACCUUAAAACAUACUACAUAAGUGAAUGCGCUUCUGUGGGUACAAGCUCUGCGGGCUUUCGAUAUUUUUUUGCAUGUCGUGAUAAGUAUAUUUGCACCCAUACUGAAAAACAUUGAAUGAAUUAACAACCAGCAUUUAAAGGAGGACCUGCAAUUAUCAGAAAAUCGUGACUUAUGUCUUUAAACAAUGAAAGAGGUGUAACUUGUCUCAAAAGUGUUGAGACAUCCAGUAACAACUCUUCUAAUAAACUAUGGUAAGUAAUGUUUCGGUCAUAUAGGUCAGGCGAGUCGGCGGAACACCCACUGCCAUUUAAAGGUAGACUUCCGUAUCCAGUACCGACUGCAGCAAGAGACAAGUUGCUGUUGCAAUAUUUGUUGGCUUGAACCAAAGUGUCAACGACCUCAGCGUCGUCGCCUUAAAGUUUGUCUUCUAAAUAGUAAGCGAACGUUUUGGUGUACCAUAGGGUGCUUUAUAAUAAUUCCGAAAAAGGCAUAAUUGCAGCAUAAGUUGUCUAAAAAUAAGAGUAGCUACGGUCUGUGACGUAGGCACAUAUAUCCCAAAUUAAAAAAGUAGCCUAUUAGUUAUGCCGUAAUUUAGCUAAUUUUCUUGUAAUAUUUAGUGUACUUAAUCACAUCACACACAAACACUACCUAAUACCAACACUUGCAAAGUAAACACUCACACUUGAAAUUGUAACUAUAAUAUUUUAAUUUAGUGGCUUGAGGAAGAGGAGGAGAGGAUACCCCGAAAAUGCCUGCUGUUUGUCUGUUGAGCGGUCACCACGAUAUAUGCCUAGAGCCUAGUGUGGGAUAAUACUUCCUUUUUUAAUGUUCAUAAGAACUGAAACAUGUCGAAUACUCAAAUAAGCAAGAGCAAUCGAGCGUUGAUCUGACACACACAUCGCAUGUUGAUGCGGGUGAAAAACGUGACUAAGCACCUACGCGAAUUUUUUAUACCUACACUAAAAGCAUUUUUCGGGUGUAUACCUCUAGAAAUUCCAACAUUGAUUAUUAAAGAGUAUUUUCUUAUGAAUUAGAAAGCAACUACAUGUAGGUUCCAAAUAAAUAUAAUUAUUACUAGAGCCAAGAAAAUAUCCUUACGAAAAAUAAUGUUUAUGCAACAUAUCUAUGGAAUAAUCCAACAGUUAGUUUCUAGUGUCCUUGUUUGUGGGUAGCUCACUCCUAAUGAUAAACUUCCGGAUGACCUCAGCUUAUCUCAUGAAAGUCUUCUAGAAGCGGUCAGUUAAAAACAGUAGGUCAAGAGUUACUCGCUUGCGAUCGCUUUGGGCGGGAGGGUGCCUUUACGUUUCACUUUCGCCGCAGGCGCAGCGGUCCGCUGGGUCGUUGCCCCCCUGUCCUCGUCCGCGUGCCGAUUAGAUAAUUUUUCGCGCUACGUUGUCAAAAUACUCAUGACCUAAUGGUACAGUGAGCGCGGCCGUUGAACCCGCGAGCGCUGCGCCCGCGCCUUGCGCUGCGAGUCGACACAGAGUACGAAUUAGGAAUACUUAUCGGUAGAAAUAGACAAUCUCGUUUCAGUUUCAUGGCAGCGUGGCUAUGUCAAAAUAAGGAUUAUUACUUAAUUCUAAUUAACCAGUUCAUUAAACUUUGCCGAUUCGACAAAUCUACGUUGACAUGAAAACAAAAUGAGAUUAGGUAGGUAAGACUAUUUAUUUGUAGGUCAAAUAUUUAUCGCGUCCUAAUAAUUGAUAUCGGUAAAAAACACAUACACACACACAAUAUGUUAGGAAAACAAGUAGAUAUCAGAAGCCGAUAAAAACGAAAAACAACCUCUCAUCGCCUGUCAAAGAAGAGGCGUUCUUACUGCAAGCAUGUUUUAAGUUUCCAAAGGCAACAUUCGAUAUUGUUUUUAUACAAUUUAAAUAUACAAUACACAAAUAAUCGUAAAUAAAGAUACUUAGGUAAUAAUAGUACAAUGUUUUAUAUUUACAAUUGUUUCUGUCUUAUAGAACAUGCAUAAAAAAAUACUUGUUUUUCUUAUUUUUUCGCAACUGUCACACACUGUCUGUACGUACGUGUACGUCGUUCGAUACACGUACGGAAAUGUCAUUCUUCACUCGUCCCGAGUCUUGACAUACUUAAGUAAUGACAUACUUUCCGCACUAGCAUCGAAAUGUAUUAACCCAAGCAGAAACGGUCACGGUUCGCUCGCGCUUCGCACUUGCUCGAUUAAUGGUUGCCCGCUGUCAGGAAAUAAAAUUUACAGAAAAGGCAAGAUCAAACCUGUUUAUGCGUUUUCAACUAGGAGGAUUUAACAACUGGAGACGCCUCGUAUGUAAUUUUCUGUACAAAACAGUCUACCAAUUUUUUGCAGGGGAGGGGUACGUCAAAUGUAUGACUAUUUGUAUUUUACGAUGUCAGAUAAACGUCAGUCUAUACAAUACAUAUGACCAUUGGCUGAGGUUUUUGACAUAGGGGUAAGCUCAUAAAGGCGACUCCGGUUGUUAAAUCCUCCAAGGUUUUCUAUUUUAAAUAACUUACUUUAAAAUCAAGCAUCGUCACUUUACUUAUUUGUAUAAGAAAUAUUUUAGCUUAGGACGGACUGAAAAUUUGUAUAAAAUUUUAUUUUCCUGUACUUAGUCUUAGUACCUAUCACAAUUUCCCACUCGAAGAUUUUACAGAAUACCGAAUGUUUAAACAUCUCCGGAGGUGCUCCGAAUAAUAGGGCUUUCAAACUUUCAGCGAGAAUAUCAUUUCUCUCUAGGUUCAGUAAUGUGUGCGGCACAGAAAGAAACAGUGAAAUGAGGCCAGCGUUUCAAACGUCUUACUCGGAGACGCAGUUCUGCGGGCUCGGGAAACCUUUGUUUUUUACUAGUUGAUACUUCAAAUACACUUCAUACAUAUUAUACAUUUAUACUAGGGGACAGAAAUAGAGACAUCAGCAUCACAGCUUCACUAACGUAAAGAACUGAAACAGACUAUUUCAUACAGGAAGUAUGCAGUGGGGUUUUAUGGUGAGAUUACUACUUUGGGGAAAUUUUCUUGGUAAUAGUCAUAGGUUGUGUGGUUAAGUUAGUAAUUAAAUUAUAUUACUUUAUUUUAAGUUUACCUGAUGGCAGUUCAUGGUAGGAAACCGCGCUGGAUCGGGACAGGUGGCGUUCUCUCAUUUCGGAGGCCAAGAUUAUUUUUUGAUCGCUGAGCCAAAGUAGUUAGUUGAUUAGAUUGGUUAUAGAUCGAGUCAUUUACUAUGACGCGCAGAUUUGUCACAUCUAAUCUUUAAUUGUAUGACAUUACAAACCAGAGCACGCGGCUUCGUGAAUGAAACGAUCUAUAUGCAUAGUUAUUCGACUUAGGAUCAAAGCAAAUUAUUUAAGGCUUUAGCCGCGGAAGCUGAAGACGUUGGUUCGAUUCCGGCCUCGGUCACUUUUUAUUUAUUCUUUACUAGGUAUGAUAUGUAUAUUUCAGUGCGUAGUUAUUGUUUACAUCUUACAAUAUUAUUUGCAAGUAUUUAUAUUCAAUUAUUGAAAUGAUUGGGUUCCAAUGCGAAUUUAAACGCUCGAAUUUUUAAUUAAUUUUUGAAUUUUUUGUACACCACGUCAAGCACGUGAUUGUACUCGUAUUUAUAGAUGCCUAAUUUGAGUAUUAUAGUUAAAAGCAUUUUAAUUGCGUCGAUCGUUAAUAACUUUUAUAUCUUAGCGGAAUACCAAGAUAUGCGCAUUAUAGAGGAGUCAAGUUCAUUUUCUUCGAACUAAUGUUGUAAACACCGCGAUGUAAUGCUUAUAUAACAGAAGCCAAUGACCGAUAGCUUAAUUACACGCUAGGUAGUAAAAUCAUUCGAACACCGAUGCAAAAUACCUAUAGAUCUAUUGCGCCAAUGCGCUGUAAAUCGAGACGUAAAACUUAUGCCUUGGAGUCUUAUUUCUAAUGGCAAUCGAGGUGUAAAUAAAAUGAGCAUAGACGUCAUUCAUUGCGAUUGUAUUCGAGCGUCCUUGCUCGUGCGUCGAACCCGGAACAUGCACGGCGCUCGUGAGAACAGCACGGUGGCCCGAUAACGUCUGAUUUCUACUUAUCCAAAUGCUGCUUACGUAAGCUGGUGAUGUUCGAUAGCGAAACGACCUUCGCGGUCAAUACCCCGCGCUGACAACGGUUAAUGACCUAUUUACCUACUCCAGUUUCAAACUACUAAGAGGUGAUUAAACUCCGUCUAUUUGUGUAUCUUAAUAAAUACAAAAUUUAUUUAUAUUUACUUGCUUAUCUGCACAGUUAGGUAUAUUCUGUUUGUUGACUUUGUUCGAAACGUUGGACGGGUUCUACAAACAUCAGCUGAUUAUAAAAUAAAUUGGAACUUAGUGGCAAUUCAACCGUUGGACUAAGGAAUGGUUCAGUAAAAUAGUGGCAGUGCAGUAUUUUUUAUUUUUUACUCAUUAUGCAGCAGUUUAUUUUUUUCAGUAAUCUAUAGAUAAAAUACAUAAUAACAAUAAAAUCAUUUUGAGAAAUAUCAGAUUGUUUGAAUUUCUCAUUUUUAUUGCAAUGUACUUCGUAACUUUUUGUACAACACAAUUUGACAAUCUUCACCUACCGUUUUCUACAAUGCCACACUUAAAUUUCAAUUUUCACAACUAGUUGUAUGCUUUUAGGAAUAUCAUCUUACGAGUAAAUUACACCAAUAAACUGGAGUUCUUCUUCGGUAGUCAGGAAGUCUCUCCAAUCUAACCUCUGACAGAGGUUUUUCUAUGGGAGACAAAUUUCUGCAAAAAUCGCAAAUACGCAAAAAUGGAAAUUCCAUGUAACUACCUCAAAGUGAAGUCAAAUCAAAAAAGUGCAAUAUCGAACAUAAGACAAUUUAAUAAUAUAUUAAGUAGCUUAUCAAACUUAAAGAAGAAGAAAAACUGUUGAUACUCAUCAAAAAAUGUACCUAAUAGUCAUAUUCUUGUACCUACAUAGUUUGCACAAUAAAUAUUUCUGAUUCUGAUUCUGAUUCUGAAAGAAAAAACUAUGUUUAUGAGAAACACCUCAUAAAUUCUCUCAGAAGACGCUGUUCAAAAAGUCUUAGGAGACAUGUAAUAUAAAAGGCGAACACUUUAAUUCGCCCUUUUAUUUUAAAUACGAUUGUAUUUAAUUGUAUAGAAUAGUAUGUACGGAUUACUACAAAAAUUCGCUACUUAAAAAUUAUCACUAAAUAAAAUGAAAAACCCACAUAAUGUGCUGCUACUUUUUUUCUGAACUACUCCUUAUUUCGUUUCUUCGGGUCCAUACCAUUUUUAUGUCUUGUUUAGUUUUAUAUUAGAACCUUAAUUACGUAUCAUAGCUUCGUCAAAUCGUGUUGUAUCAGUGUGUAUGGAAAUUGUGCAGUAGCGGGCAACCUGCAGUUAGGAUGACACCUGUCCGUCCAAUUUAAUAAUAUUUACGAUUUGAGUGUAUAUAUUUUUAGAUGGUUAUGUUGGCUAAUUAUGUUUGCGAAAUAAGUGUUAUAUGUGUUUAAUACAUUAUGAAAAAGUGGAUAUUAUUGCAUUAAAUGUUAGUCAAUUACGAGUAUGCAAGUACAACAAACAAUAACAUGUCUACAUUGUAAUUUAAACACAAUAACAUAAUAGUUGAAUAUUGAAAAGUGUACCUAUAUUUUAGUGCAAUCGUAAUUAAUAUAAAGAAAUUAUGGCAACAUUUUUAAGUAUACACCGUAAGAAUAAGAAUUGAAUACUAGGGGUAGAAAAUACAAAAUAAACAAACGCUUCCAUCCACUACCGUUCGUUUUUUGCUAACAAUUACGGAUAUGUUAAAUGCAAUAUCAAUGACAGUUCUAGUAUAUAAAUCCGGCGUACAUACGUAGCCUUGUCAUAAAUCUGCUCGCUCGCAUGCCGCGUUUACGUUUUAGCAAAAAUCUAACAGUAGAAUGUUUCAAAACCUUGAGCACUAUUGUCGAGCGAUGCUCUCCUCCUUUACUCCUGACUUGUUGACAAUAUUUGUGUAUAUUUUCCACUUCCUGGUUUUCAGUACUUUAUUUGCAAGUAUUCAUAACGUGUUGAAACUACCGCCAGGGCCAUGGGGGUUACCAUUUUUGGGAAGUUUGCCAUGGAUGGGGCGCGGCGCGCCUCACUCCUGGCUACUGCAGCAAGCGGCUAGCUACGGCGACCUUACUUCAGUGCAACUUGGUUCCAACCUGAUGGUCUGCAUCGGAUCUUCCAGAAUUCUGAGGGACUUGUUCAACCGACCUGACUCUAUUAGCCGCCCGCAUACGCCUCUCAAUAACUUGUUGUGUGGUCGAGGAAUCGUUCUCAGCGAAGGCCUGCUCUGGAGGAAGCAGCGUCAGUUUCUACAUGAGAAGUUUCGCGCUCUUGGUGCCAGCGGUGUUGGUAUCAACCAGAGAUUUGAACAUUGCGUUAUCGUGGAGAUAGAAGAACUUUUAACAAAGUUUGAAAGCACGAAAGAGCAGCCAAUAGACCCGACGAGUGUCCUGGGCAGGCAUGUCCACAACGUCAUAUGCCAGUUAAUGAUGAGCUUCCGUUUUGAAGAAAAAGACCCUGAGUUCAAGAACUUCAAUGAGCGGGUCACAAAAGGCAUGGAGCUGUAUGGAGCCAUACAUAUCGGGGAGCAUGUGCCGGCCUACUUGCACCUGCCAGGUAAAAAGUCAGUGUUAAAGGAAAUCCGACGAAAUCUGCGAGAUAUCAGCGAGUUUCACGUGCGGAAAGUGGCCGAACGCCGACAACAACUCUGGGAUGUCAACAUGGAUAGCCACGUGCCAACUGAUCUGUUGGACUAUUACUUGCUCGAGUUACGAAAUAAUUCUGUUGGUUCCAAACUCUUUGACGGAGUUGAUCCAGAUGAACAGAUAGUCCAAGUAUUCAACGACCUUUUCUCCGCUGGUAUGGAAACCGUCCGGACGAGCCUACUGUGGGCCUUACUGAUGAUGCUCCGGAACCCGUUGGUAGAGGCCGCGGUGCGCGCUGCGCUUGCCGAAGUAGUUGAGCCAGGGCAACUGGUCACUUUGGAGCACCGUGCGAGGCUGUACUAUAUUGAAGCUGUGUUGUAUGAAACUCUGAGGAUCGUGUCAGUGGUGCCAUUAGGAACGACGCAUGUUAAUUCUUCUCUUUGGAAAGUUAAUGGCUACAAAAUUCCUGCCGGCACCCACCUCGUGCCACUACUGAACAAAAUCAACAUGGACCCGGAAUUCUUUCCUGACCCCAACAACUUUGCCCCGGAGAGGUUCAUAAAAGACGGUAAGGUCGAACUCCCGGACACCUUCAUCCCAUUCGGAGUCGGUCGCCGCGUGUGCCUCGGGGAGCAAGUGGCUAAAUCAGAACUCUUCUUAUUCUUUGCAAACAUUAUGAAUUGCUUUAAGUUUUUUUUACCCCAAGGUGAACUUAUGCCAGAAUUGGAAGGCGUUAUGGGCAUUACUCAUGCUCCUUUACCUUAUAAAUUAUGCUUUAGAAAAAUAUAAUAUUUUAUUUUUAAUCAAUAUCAUCAAUGGAUUGAUUCAAGUAUAAUAGCGAUUCCUGUUGGAACCAAAGUUGACAUUACUAUUGUUUUCUAUCGUAGUGCAUGUGAUCAAAAACUAUGUAAAAUGAAGCAUCAAUUGAAAUACUAUAGUAUUACACGUAGUUUAUAGUAGCACACGUUAUGUUCAUAUCAUACUAACCUACUCUGAAGAACCUACCUACGUUUUAUUUUAUGUGUUGUAUAAUGCGGUUGUACAAUAAGCAUCUAUCGAAUCAGUUCUACAAAUACGAGCGCAAACUCUUAUUAGAGACUGGAUUAAAUUUUGAAUUUGAAGCUAGUACGUAUUGGGAUCAGAAAUAUAUAUAAUAAAGGUAGGUACAUAGUAUGUACUAUAUAUGUUGUGAUUGUAUUAUACAGUAUAUUAUGCAAAAAAUAUAUACAUUUUUAAUAUAUUAAUCAUAAAAUAGUAAAAUAUAUCAAAAAUUAAAUAGGGUAGGUAGGUAAUUUUGUCUAUAAAUAGGAAAUUCCCACGUGUAGGAAAUGUGAAAUGACCAACAACCAUGGCAAAUUAUGCUGAUAUAACUGUUAUACCUAGAACCUAUACGUAUUUUUCCUGUUGUGUAUUUUAUUAUUAUUCUGAUCUUCAUGAACUACCACCUAAUAUAAAUGUUUUAAUGUUUCAUGUUAAUGUGCUCUACGAGUCUAUCCAGCCAUACAUGUAAGAGACAGAAUGUGACCUUCUAGUUUCCCAUUUACACUGGCCCUCUUUCUAUUUAUUUCUCAUACGUAUUACGAGUACCUAAUAUUUGCGCCAAAUACCAGAAAUCUAUGACUGGACUUGGUUAUCAUCAUCAGCUCUAUGUAUGUUAUACCAUUGUUACGGAACCAAAUAAUGAUUUUAUGUAGAUUUUGUGUGAGUUACGAACUACUUGGCGACUAUUAGAUACUGUUAUAACCAAUUAAAUUAAAAUUAGAAAUUAUUUAUAUUUGUAUUUUUUUAUAAGUAGACACACUACUAUAAACUAUGAACGAAAUAAAUGUCUUAUACAAAGGAAAAAGAAAACUAGGAAGAAAGAAGGAAGCUGGAAGCCUUAGUAAGUUUUCGUUUGUAUUUGACAUUUAUAAAUAUAAAUAUGUAUUUAACAUAAAAAUGCAAAAAAUCGUUUGUUUUUUUGUUCCAUCCGGAACACGGAUACAAUUUACUUAAAAUAUGAGCAGAAAAAAAUAUCGUUGAUGAACUUGAUAUUUUUCUCCACACAUUUAUUUUUAACAUCACACUAAGUACUUCUUUAAAUAAGAUGCUGGUUUAAAACUUGAGAUCAUGUGUGGAACUUGUGUUAACGUAAUGAUUAAGACGUAUUUUGUUUCAAAGAUCACGGGCAUGACUUUACAGAUAAUAAUAUUGUUUUAAUUAAAUUAGUAUUAAAAUGUCAUUAAAUGUUAUCAAUACUAUGUUUUAUCAAGAUAAUUAUCUUUUAUGGUAUUAUAAUCUUAAGUAAAUUGCAUUGCUGCUUAACUUGUUCAUUAUUUAAAAAUUACAGAAAUAAAUUAUUCGUUAAGAAAACGACAUUAACAAUACGUAUUUUAGUCAAUCAAUACAAUCACUGAUUGACUUUUAUUUUACAUUAUUUAGUAUUUUAAGUACUAGACGUAAUUAUUAUGUUUAUAUAACGUUUUAUUAACGUAGAGCCUAAUUAAAACGAAAUUAAAUUGAAAAUUAAUAUAUAACAUUCAUAACAUUACUAUGUAUAUAACAUUUCACGAAAGUAUUGACUCUAGCUCUCAUUAUUGAUGUGAUUAAAGAAUAGUAAUUUUAUUAUUCCACUUGCUUUUUUGAAGUGUCAGAACUAACCUAAACCUUACCUAACAGUUCAUUGAAAAACCUGUUUAUGUAAAGGUAUUCCUAUUUCUAUUAUAAGAUUCAUGUGUAUUUUUUUAUAAUUAGUUUUAAAAUACAUCAGAAUUGCUAGAGUUUGGUUUUUAUUUUGUACAUGUAUAUUCACCAAUCUAAAUAAUGAAAAUAUCCUCAUCAAGUGUCAACUUUUAACCAUCUCAUUUAACUUAAAAAUAUAAUUAUUUGAUGUUCCUUGGAGCUUGGGACGGAUGUUAGUGUGGGAUGCUACCUGCGUAGACACACUAGCACCAUCCCACCUCCAACGGACUAAUGUAAAAGCAGGCGCAGCGGCGAAAAGCGCCGAAAAUUUUAAACGUAAUAAAUAUGUUUUGGUAGAGAGUACCAUUUUGUACCAUUUGGCGUUGAAACUCUAAGUCCAUGGGGACCCAGCGCGCACAAGUUUUUUGGAGAAAUCGUGCAACGCCUGGUUGACGUAACUGGUGACCGAAGAGCUGGCGGCUUCGCAAAACGUAUUAGUAUUGCGAUACAACGAGGAAAUGCCGCCAGCAUCCUUGGUACAAUGCCUCAAAGGCCUAUUUUACAUAUAAGCUAGUUAUAGUAAUCCUCUGUAUAUAUCCAUUAUCAUUAUGUAUAUUGUUUAUGUAAAUAAAUAAUUCCUAUAACAAGUUUACACUAAAAAAUAUAUUUGAUGUCAUAAUAUAGUUUUGAAAGUAGACGACAACUCAACCUAACUAAUAAUAAAAUAUGCAACAUCCCUAUUAUAAUUUAUUGGCAUUUAUAGCAAGGUCCUAAAUGUACCAUAUAAAUAAAAUAAUGUGUUUACAACUAAUUUGUUGCGCAAUCUUCUCUAAAAGAUUAGCUAGAAAACCCAGAUGACCGCGUCGGUAAAUGCCGAUAUGUAAACAUUUACGAUAACAUAAAUGUCCCAGCGGUUAAUAUGACAUAAAUUGCCUCUUUCAAUCAUAAUUAGUAUUACUGGAUGCAACUAAAAAUAUAUUGCGACUGCAGAAACGAUGCUGAUGCAGCGUGGCAGGAAAUGGGCGAUAUCAGUGUCAAUUUAGAAGGAAGCGUAUUCUGAUUAUAAUAAUAGAUUAUCAAUUUGAUCUGGAUUUGUUAUAGAUAUGAUCUGUCAGUGUCAGAAGUGAUAUUUCUAGUUGAAAAAACUCUCACGGGUUAACCUGUUACAAUUACAAACAUAAUACGCCUGUUGGUUCUAUUUGGUCUAUUUCCGCAAUGCGGUUUAAUACAGCACCAUCUGGAUCGCAAUUCAAUGCUAUUCGCAACGAAAGUUUUUUGUGCACCAGUUCGUACCGGUACCCACGACUACUUUGUUCCGAUUAUAUCAUACCCAUGGUUCUUCAAAGCAUGAAUUGAUUAAUUCUAGUCGUCCCCUUUAUGACGUGAACCUUGAAAAUUUAAAGGAUUCUAAAGCACAAAGGACUAUUGAAUGUUAUUUUUAUCAACGUGACCUGACGUGCAAGUUCAAGGCUUUAGGCGUCGGUUCCAACGGGAGCUAGUCAUUUUGGUUUAUUUUUAAUAAUUUAAAUCGAUCGAUUUGAUCCGAAAAGAAAUUGGCGACAAUCUCCAAUUUAUUCACCAAUUUUAGAUUUAUGGUGAUAUUUGAGUGUUCUAAAUAAAAAAAUGCCCCCAAAAGCGAAUACUAGCGUCAGAAAUUGGUAUUCUUGUGCCCGUACCUCCAUUUUAUCCUUAAUAUCGAUAAUAAUCGAGGGUUGAAAUCGGAGAGUCAAAUUGGCGUUUGCAUCCGCACAAUCUGAUUUGAUGUGACAAUUUAAUCAGAUUGGAGAAAAGUUGUUACCGUCUGAACUAGCCUUAAAGGACGCACUUAUGCGGCAGAAGGAGAUGGAUGUAUGGAUGUUGGCAUCAUGUGUUGCCUGUUAAAGCUCUGUGGCGUCCUUAAUAAAUUUCUACAAUUUGAAGUACCACUAUAAUGGACUGAUGGGUGAUAAUACUCGUAUGCCUAUUUUUUCAUUAAACCCUUAUUAAAUUAAAUUAAAUAUUAUAGGACAUUAUUACACAAAUUGACUAAGUCCCACAGUAAGCUCAAUAAGGCUUGUGUUGAGGGUACUUAGACAACGAUAUAUAUAAUAUAUAAAUAUUUAUAAAUACUUAAAUACAUAGAAAAUACCCAUGUUCAUCACACGAAUAAAUGCCCUUACCAGUAUUUGAACCCGGAACCAUCGGCUUCAUAGGCAGGGUCACUACCCACUAGGCCAGACCGGUCGUCAAGACAGCGAAGUCUUAUAGGCACAAACUAUAUGUGAAAAAAUAAAUCAUUACCACACAAACUGUUAACUCUGUUUUUUUGACAGGAGUAUAAUAUUAUAACAGUUACAAAAUAUCGUGUAGAUGACAUAAUAAAGACGUGCCCAAAAAUGCUAACGAAACCAGCACCUUAUUUUGCCACGUGUAAGUUAUCCGAGCCAAAAACCAAGGUCGCGGGGAUGGAUUAUCGCUAAAUGAAUGCCACGGGAGCUGCUCACGCGCAUGCCGAGGGUUACCCCCGGCACUAUUGUUGUAAUAUGUAUAAUAUUUUAUUAAAAACUUAUUGACAAAUUAUUGCGAGCCAUACUGAGACGAAAUCCUGACUUAUGGCCAGCAGUUGAAUACAACAAAUUAUAUACUUCCUCUUUAAACUUAGUUGAUUUUAUACAGAGAAAUUAAUAGAAACGAAUUUGGGAAUCAAGGUCUUAUGAUCUUAUGGUGAUUAAAUAAAUAUACUAAACAAUGAACCUUAUAUGCAGGCCAAAACCGUACACUGAAACUGAACAGCGCAAGCUCUUUUUACUGCACACCGCGUCAACAUUGGUCUGACAUUCAUCGCACAAGCUUAACUGGUCAAAUAGUUGUACGAGUUUUCGUCUUAAGGAAAUCUCCUCAUACACGGUGUUUUUAUUGAAUUCCGUCAAUACAAUAGUGAAUUUUCGUUUUGUAUAUUUUUUUAUACAAAAUAAUUAAAUGCCGCAUAUUAAAAGCUAAAUAAACAAUUGAAAUAUCAUUUGGACCAUCGAUCGUUUUUAAUGAAUUUAAGUUUAAUAAGAAUGCAGAUUCAAGCGCGUUUAAAACUUAUUGAUAAGUUAUUAUUCUUAUUAAUUAUUAAUAACGUUUUACCAUACCUCCCAUACAACGUAUUAUUUAUUAAGUAAUUAAAUGAACACUAAGCUUACUUUUUACCUGUCUAUGACGUAAAAUUUUAAGGCAUGUUUCCCCAAGUGCUAUAGCGAAUGUCUUCAAGUUGCAUGCGUUGCCAUGGUAAUGUGGAUAGUAAUUUGUUCCUAGGCCACGCCCCCUGGCAGUGAAUGCGUUAAGAGAUAUUGAAGAUACAGGUUGUGAAAUUUGGAAAACCCUUAUAGAAUUAUAAUUCCAAUGAUUGAUUGAUUAGUUUAUAAAUUGACAACCCUAUAUCUCCGUCUAUUGAUCCGUUGGCCCUAGUGCAGACUAUUUAUAUCUAUGUUUUUUUGGAUUUUAGUAUGAAUACGAAACGUCGUUUCGUAAUUUUACCUUUUGUAUUGUUACGUAAUCACUCGUUUCGGAUCAUUAUGAGAAUUAUAUACAUAUAUAAAUAAAUCUCAAAGUUUUAUGACAUCAAUAAUUUUUGUUCUUACUCAUUAACCCUGUUUGUUUCAUUUUUUUUAUUACUUAUACUUAGGUACUUACAUUGUAAUUGAUAUCCUUAUACCACUUACUCGUAGAUGAUUGCAUUCCAUAAAUUUCCUAUGCCGUGAAGAAUAAACUUUUGUUUAGAACUUAGCUUCUAUAUUUUAAAGUAAGCAUUAACAUAAAUCAUGAAAGAACUUUACACAAAUUCUAAGGCUGCUAAUUAAAAAAAAUGGUUUAUACGAAAUAUUCUUAAAGAAAUUUAAUAUCACAUUAUGUUAAAUAACAACUAGACUUCAUGAUGAAAUGCUCAUCCGACUGCGUAUUUGGGUCGAGGCCUGAAUAUGUUGCUUAUACAUUUCGGGUUUUGAACUUAAUUUGCAAUCUCAUUAGAGAUCCGUACUAAGGACGAUGUAUUUAGUUUUUAGUUAGUCUGCGAUAACUAAUGUGCGCUUUAUUUUGGUUAAAAUUGAAGAAAUUUUACACUAAUCUCUUUUUAAACUUUAGAUGUACAUAUUUGCAGUAUUUAUUUUGAUGUACAUAUUUGCAGUAUUUAUUUUAUACUAUCGCCUUAUUGCCAUGCCUACUAAGCUCAUAUCUUAGCAAAGCCUGCAUACCUACGUGUGAAAGUGAUGUGUACCUAACACAUCACUUUUAACGAUUUCGAUGCCUAAUUGAUAUUAGUUCGCCUAAAUUAAGUAACUACUAGGAAAUAGUAGCCGAUAAUCAUCUCAAUUAAGCACUGAACCCUCACCUCGCGAGCCGCCCACACUUCGCGUUCUCAUGCCGCGCCAAAUGACGUCGUACCGGCGACUGUAAACGUCAAACUAUUGCGAAAGCGUGCGAAAUUUUUUACCCGAGAGCCAGAGUGACGCAAGUCCAUUUUUUUUCUACACGCGAUUGUAUUACUAAUUGCUGGAAACGUAUAUCUUAGAAUGGUGUAAAUUUUCCCGUAGGUUUGGGUCACUUGGGCUUUUGGUUAAAGAAUUAAAUGAUGGUAGUGACCUUACGCACCGUGGCGUAACGCGGGCCGCCCCACGUGCCGUUACACAACUUAAAUAAGCUAAAGACUUUUUGCUAUUAGGUAUAAUGGUAUUAAAAAUUGAUUUAGGGUAUAAAAAAGUUCAACGUUGGACCUUAAUAACUUGUGAUAAAAUAAUAAAGGAAUUUAUAUGUAUAAUAUUCUUAUCCUAUACGUAUAGCAAAGUUGUUGUAUUCAAAGCGCGGAUCAGAGUAAAUAUAAUAUUAAAAUAUAUAAUAAUCUUUUAAGCACUAAAAGCUUAUAUUGGUUUACUAAGAAAUAUAUCUUUUCUAAGAAUACAGUUAGACAUACAGAUACCCUAGCCAUUGGAAGCUGAAAUUUUCAUUGUAUGCAUGCAUACAUUAAGGUAACUAGUAUACCUUAUUUCAUUUAUGUAAUUUAUUGUGCUGCGCUGUAACAUAACAUAGGUUGUAAGUUGAUACUAACAAAUAUGGACUGUAUUAUUUGUUUGAGAAUAUAUUUUAUAACAACUGAUGUAGCGGGUAUGAAGAAUUUAAGAAAUUACGAUUUUUACUUUGGAGCAGCCUGUAUGUGAUAGCUCCUGAGGUAAUAAAUCCUAAUAGAAUGGUAUGAAAAGUUCUUCGACCUUUUUAAUUAUCUUUUUCUAAGACACUAAUAAGAUUCUUAUUUCUGAUUGCCGAAUAUUUUUGAAUGAAUUGUCGAAAACACUGCCCGAUUCGAACCAUAAGAUACGUCAAAUAUUAGGUCUAGAAACGAUAUGGAUCGGAUAUGUCAGUGUCAAAAGUGAGUUUUUUUUUGAAGAGUGCCAAUUAUUAACACAGUAUGUUUCUUUUUGCUGUCCAUUAUUGGAAAUAACCUUUGUUUGAAAAUUUAUUUUGUUACUUUUGUUCUAAUUUGAAAAAUAUUAACGUUAGAUCAUUCCUGAAAAGUAACACUAUGUGGGAUUUCAGGGUUUGUCCAAUGGCUAAGCACACACUGUAUAAUAAACACGAAAUAAGCCUCAAUUA